AAAAUGACAUUAAUGACGUAACAAAAUUGUUAUCAAUUCCAGUGAGUGAAGUGGAUAUUUUCGAAAUAAUGAAUAGUAUUUAUCAAUAAUACUCAAAUAAGUUAUCAAAAUGGCUUUUCCGAAAAUAGACGGUUAUGUGGUGACUGAAAAAUUGGGCUCCGGUAGCUAUUCCACGGUUUACAAGGCAUAUACAAAGGUAGGCGCUCGCUCAAUCGUAGCAAUAAAAUGUGUGGACAAGUCCCGAGUGAAGAACUCAGGGUCUGCAGUAGACAACCUGAUUACCGAGAUACGUCUGCUCAAGACGCUUACACACACACAUAUUGUGCAUAUGAAGAACUUCACAUGGGACGACAAAAACAUCUACAUAAUAAUGGAAUAUUGCUGUGGAGGUGAUUUAUCUAAAUACAUACAUAGGUACGGACGAGUGCCCGAAAAACAGGUUUUAUAUUUUCUACAACAGUUAGCAUCGGCGUUAAAGUUUCUAAGAGAAAAGGGAGUAGUACAUAUGGACUUGAAACCACACAAUUUAUUACUGCAUAAGGGUUCAGAUGGAAAAUAUGUGCUGAAAGUAGCUGAUUUUGGCUUUGCUCAACACAUGACGGGAGACAGUGUGCGGUCGGUUCGUGGCUCUCCACUGUACAUGGCACCUGAGAUGUUGACAGGAGAGUACGAUGAACGAGUCGACUUGUGGAGUGUCGGUGUGAUAAUGUACGAGUGCCUGUUCGGUCGCGCGCCGUACUCCUCCAACACGUUCAAGGAGCUCGUCGACAAGAUACAGAGGCAGGCGCCCAUAGAGAUCCCCUCCAAAGCGUCGAUAUCACCCGGGUGCCGGGAGUUGCUGCUCCGCCUAUUACAACACGACCCGAACAACAGGAUAACUUAUGAAGAAUUCUUCAGCAACGAAUAUCUUGAUCUGCAGCAUAUGCCUUCUAAAGAGAAUUAUGAGAAGGCAGUAACACUUAUAAAAAGAGCCAUAGAAUUAGAUUCAUCAGGCCAGCUAGAAGAGGCAUUCACUCUCUACCGGGAUAGCUUGCUAUACCUCGUGCCUUGCGUCGGCUGCGAGACCGACUCCUUACGAAGGGCUGCCCUCGCUGCUAAGUUAAGCAGGUAUAUGGAGCGAGCUGAAGAGCUGAAAGUCUACCUGAAGACCGGCAGCUUCCCGCCGCAGAAUACCGCGGCUGUUCACAUCAGUACCGCCGGGAAUAAUUGUACUUAUAGUACGGCACAAUCUCGUCCUGCCUGUUCUUCUUGUGUUACGGAGCCCUGCCGCUGUAAUGCAGUCAACGGCACCGUCGAAGUACCCGACGAUAUUGUACAACAGACCGCCGCGUCAUCUCAACCUAGCAAUAUGAACACAACGCCUAAGGCCAAUCGCUUUGGGUUCAAGCGACUAUUCGGCAGACAGGCCUCCAUACCUUAUUUAGAUACCAAGGAUUCUAGUAUUACUGCAGACACAACACAAGAAAAACAGAAAAUACCUCAAGCUGAAAAUAAUGACGGUUGUAGAAUAACAUGAACUAAGUAGAAAUAUAUAACAUUAAAUAUAAAUAUUGCUUAAAUGUAUAUGUGGCCUUAUCAGUUCAGUAUUGCACUGUUGUGUUCAAAAAUGUGCUUUAACAUUAUUUUGAAAAAUCUAGGGCCUGUUAUUAUAGAUUUUAGAGUAUAAAGAAACAAUAUUACUAAGAUUUCGCUAUCCGUCUGUCACCAGGCUGUAUCUCAUGAACCGUGAUAGUUAGACAGUUGAAAUUUUCACAGAUGAUGUAUUUCUGUUGCCGCUAUAACAACAAAUACUGAAAACUAGAAUAAAAAUGCUGUAUUAAGGACAAUAAUUAUAACUGUACGACACUCAUUAGAUGCUUGUCCGAUUCACACUUUCUUGCCAUCUCCCGAGCCUUUUCCCAACUAUGUUGGGGUCAGCUUCCAGUCUAACUGGAUGCAACUGAGUACCAGUGUGCCACAAGGAGCGACUGCCUAUCUGACCU